AUGGAAGCAGUAGUUCCACAAUCAAGUGAGUGUAUGACUGAGUACCACAUGGACAACGGAGAUGCUGGUGACUUUGACUAUUUCUUGCCAUCUGCUGAUUACAAUAGCAGUGUAAUAGGGCACCCUCCACAUGGCAAUGGUCUGGAUCACCAACUGCCAUAUGAUAAGGCCGUACAACCUCAAUCAACUGGAUGCCUACAAAAGUUCCCCCCACAGCCUGAAAAUACGGAUGAUUAUGCAUCAAAUGAGGUUUAUAUGGACAAUUGUUCAUCUGUCGAUCUGAGUGAAGGUAACAACUACGGGAUGGAGAAUGACUACGGCCAGGAUCUCUUAGAGGAAAGAUACACCAGCAGUAAUGAAAGUAAACCUGAAAGUGCCACAGAGAGAGUUUUAUGCCAGUUAGAUGAAGUUCUACGACAGAAAAUCAACCUAGAGUUGGAAUCAUUUCGCCGUUCCCUGCAUGUGAUGCUGAAUGAUCAAAGGUCUAAUCUCCAACACCUUGUUAGGCUGGCUAGCUUACGAAUUGAGGACGAUGCCAGUGGGGAACGCAGAAUUGAUGAUGUUGUACCUCUCGACUAUGAGAACGAUUUCCAAGCAAGUAACUGCAGUGGAUCUGGUAGUUCUCAGAGUCAAACUAAGGACAACACCUUUAGGGUCAAAGAAGAGAAGUUACUCUGUCUCAUAAAGUUACAAACUCUUGCAAGUGUUAUUACAAAUAAUCUGAGACGACAGGAGUAUCUAACUUGACCUGACCCGUAAAGUCUUGAUGAAUGUAUCGAAACUCAGUUGGUAAUAGUUUGGACUAUCA